AAUUACCGGUGGCUACAGAGAGAGCUCAAACUUAGCUGUAAGCAAAUGGCUGUGGCGCUCUCACCGGCGGCUACUUCUCUCCGCCUGAAAUCUUUCACCGCCGUCCGUUUCUUCUCUUUUUACCGGAAAACACCGAAAACCCACCUAACCCCCGCAUUCCACUUCCCUCUCAAGCCCUCUACUUCCAACUCCACUCCAUUUCUUCCCUUGCACUAUUGCCGUACAAGAAGCUUCUGCUCUGUAAUCUCCGCUGCUGUUUCUUCCGGCGAAGCCACAAAGACUGAAACUUUUGAGAAAAAUGAACUCCAAAAAGGCGAAAUAGUUGGGGAGUUUCGAAAAAGAUUGAGAAUUGUUGAUAUCAAAGGUGGCCCCGAUGAAGGGCUGAAUAGAUUGGAUGAGACUUUGGUUGUCAGGGGUUGGGUCAGGACUUUUCGUGCUCAGAGCAGCAUCAUUUUUAUUGAGGUCAAUGAUGGAUCUUGUCUUUCAAAUUUGCAAUGCGUGAUGAGUUCUGAUGCUGAGGGUUAUGAUCAGAUAGAAAGUGGCUUGAUCUCAACUGGUGCAUCACUAUUGGUCCAAGGUGUUCUGGUAAAGAGCCAAGGCUCAAAGCAGAAAGUAGAGCUGAAAGUUGAAAAACUUAUUCUGGUUGGGACAAGUGAUCCUUCCUUCCCCAUUCAAAAGAAAAGGGUCAGCAGAGAAUUUUUGAGAACCAAGGCUCAUCUUCGUCCUAGAACAAACACUUUUGGUGCGGUUGCGAGGGUGAGAAAUGCUUUGGCUUAUGCCACACACAAGUUUUUUCAAGAGAACGGAUUUGUCUGGGUGUCCAGUCCAAUCAUCACUGCUUCGGACUGUGAAGGAGCUGGUGAGCAGUUUUGCGUCACUACCCUGAUUCCUAGUUCCAGAGAAACCACAGAUUCUCCAGUGGCUGCAAUUCCAAGAACUGAAGAUGGUUCUGUUGAUUGGUCUCAAGACUUCUUUGGAAAACCAGCAUUCUUGACAGUAUCAGGGCAACUGAAUGGUGAAACUUAUGCAACGGCUCUUUCUGAUGUCUAUACAUUUGGCCCCACAUUUAGAGCUGAAAAUUCUAACACUUCUAGACACUUGGCUGAAUUCUGGCUAAACGCUAAAACUGAUUCCUCCAUUUCUAAGAUGAUUGAACCAGAACUGGCAUUUGCUGAUUUAGAUGAUGACAUGGCCUGUGCAACUGCCUAUCUCCAGUAUGUAGUGCAAUAUAUUCUAGAGAAUUGCAAGGAAGAUAUGGAUUUCUUCAACACAUGGAUAGAAAAAGGAAUCAUCAGUCGACUAAGUGAUGUUGUUGAGAAAAGUUUUGUGCAGCUGACAUAUACUGAUGCCAUUGACCUUCUAUUAAAAGCGAAGAAGAAAUUUGAAUUUCCGGUGAAAUGGGGAUGUGAUUUGCAAAGUGAACAUGAGCGUUAUAUCACUGAAGUGGCAUUUGGUGGAUGCCCUGUCAUUAUUAGAGACUAUCCAAAGGAGAUUAAGGCAUUCUACAUGCGGGAAAAUGACGAUGAGAAGACAGUUGCAGCCAUGGACAUGCUGGUUCCUCGGGUUGGUGAGCUUAUUGGUGGAAGCCAAAGGGAGGAACGCCUUGAGCAUUUGGAAAAGCGGUUGGAUGGCUUAAAGCUUAACAAAGAGAGCUACUGGUGGUAUCUUGAUCUGCGUCGUUAUGGUUCAGUGCCGCAUGCGGGGUUUGGCUUAGGUUUUGAAAGGUUAGUGCAAUUUGCAACUGGUAUUGAUAAUAUAAGAGAUGCAAUACCUUUCCCACGAGCGCCUGGAUCUGCUGAAUUUUAGUGUCUCUGGCUUCAGAGAUGCAGUAAUUUUGAUUCAACUUUGGUAGUCGGUACCCAUCAAGGCUUAUCCUCCCGAGUUUCGCAUUGUAUUUUGAAUAUAGAAGAUUCAAGUUCAGAUUCGAACGGUAAAAAAUUUUGUUUCAAGUAGUUAGCAAUUUGUUACACAAGGUUCAUAACAUAGUAUAUGCGAUACCUGUCGUAAGUAGCUUUUCCCAUUUGGAGGGGAUUGUCAUAGAUCAGUCAAUUGUUUAAAUGUGAUGAUCUAUUUUAGUCCACGAUAAGUCAGAUGCUUUGUGUUA